AUGAAAAAGCUAGCAGAGGAGAAGAAGCGCAACGAAGAUAAGGAGCGGCGAAAGUUCAAAGAAAUUAACCCAUCGCUAGUUGUGAGGACGACGAAUUUUCUUGGCGCUGGAACAUUUGGCAGUUGCUACCUAGCCUUUUACAGAGAUAUGGUGGUAGCUGUCAAAGAAUUUAAAAAGAGGAAGAACGUCGACCUCGCUCACCUGAGAAGCGAAGUGCGCCACGAAGCUACCAUGAUCAAACACCUGAAAGAUCACCGUGGUGUCCCUCUACUCUUUGGUAUCAUAACCAAGAGCGAGCCCAUUCGACUUGUCACCAAGUUCCACGGGAACAAAAACAAAGGCCUCACUUUACACAAAGCCAUAAAGAAAGAAACAUUAGAAAAGCCUACUUGGCUUGAAAUUUUAAAAAAACUUAUCGAGGCGUUAAACCACAUUCAUUCAUGUGGUAUUCUUCACAACGACGUGAAGAGCAACAACGUGGUAAUGGAGCAACGAGGAGAGGAGUGGAAUCCUGUGAUCAUCGAUUUUGGGAAAGCUCGUUUCUCGUCAGAUCCCAAGCCGGCGAUGUCCUUGUCCACCCAUCAACAGGAGAAGUAUCGAGAACAAUAUCCACACAUUGCCUCCGAAAUUGUCAACGGGAGUGGCAGGCAGAGUGCCCAAUCUGACAUAUUUUCUUUAGGGAAAAUAGUUUUGGCAGUAUUGGAUUUGCUCCCAACAGCGACAGCAAGAUCGUUGAAGGUGGCCAGAACUGCUCUUUGCGAAGAGCCAGCAAAACGCCCCUCUUUAAAGGAACUUUCAGAGGCACUCUGA